AUGCUUAACGUGACGUGUAGUGAAGGCGACACCAAAGUCGCUUGUCUCAAUCUGGGAGAAGCGGCUUUGACCAUCUCAUCAAUGCUUACUGUUAUGCUGAUUAUCAUUUUCGGCAAUCUGCUCGUUGUCGUUACGGUGUAUCGCAAUCGAAAGCUUCGAAUGCAACGUCAGAAUUGGUUAAUCGUGAGCCUCGCGGUGGCUGAUAUGCUUGUUGGUCUCCUCGUUAUGCCUCUCACCUUGACAUAUGAAAUUGUCGGCGAAUGGACUAUGGGAAUUGUUCUUUGCGAAAUUUGGCUUGCUCUCGAUGUUCUCUUUGUGACCGCCUCAAUUCUUCACAUUUGCGCAAUCUCGCUUGAUCGCUAUUUUUCGGUUACAUCACCAUUGACCUAUCCAUCAACAAGAACACCCAAGAAAAUGUUUAUUUAUAUUGGUGUUUCAUGGAUUCUUUCUUUGCUAAUUUGCCUUCCUCCAAUUUUUGGAUGGCGACCGGAAAGACGCGAUGGCGAAUGUUCAGUGAGCACCGACAUAGGAUAUGUCCUCUAUUCAUCGCUCGGCUCAUUCUACAUUCCGGUGGUCAUUCUCAUUAUUGUCUACGCAAAAAUCUAUAGCAUCACCAUUCGGCACAGCAGGCAGCGUCUGAAGGAAACUGAGCGUCGCGAUCAGACGUUGAACAUGUUGACAGUGAAAACCGACAAGAAUAAGCAUUACAACAUGGAGUACGAGAUUGAGGAUAAUUCCGAUCCGGCGGACGAUGAGAAACCGGCACGAGAAGCGAUUAACAAGGUCAGCUGGCAACUGCGCAAACUUUCCGAAGAGCUCCCUGUAAGAGCUGUCAAGGUAAACGUCUCCCUGGACACGAAUCACAGCGGCUCAAUUGAUCAGGCCAAGGCUCGAGCCGAAGAAACGGCUCACAGCGAGAAGCGACGUCGCAAGUUGAAGGCGAAAGAGCGUCAGGCAACUCUUCUCUUAGGAAUCAUAUUGUCAGCGUUCAUUCUCAGUUGGCUUCCAUUCUUCCUUAUGUACGUUAUUGGAGCUUUUGGUUAUGAGGCUCCACCACUUUUCUUCAAGUUUUUCUUCUGGCUCGGAUACUGCAAUUCUGGAAUUAAUCCGGUCAUCUACACCGUGUUCAAUCGCGAAUUCAAGCGUGGAUUGUGCAAACAACUGCACAAGUUUGAACGCUUCAUUCGCCCUCUUGUCCGCUUGUAUAAAUAA